CGGCGGCUGUAGCGGCGGUGGCGGCCGCGGCGCGGGGCAUGGUCCCCGGGUCGGAGGGCCCGGCCCGCGCCGGGGGCCUGGUGGCCGACGUGGUGUUUGUGAUUGAGGGUACAGCCAACCUCGGGCCGUACUUCGAGGGGCUCUGCAAGCACUACCUGCUCCCGGCUAUCGAGUACUUUAAUGGUGGUCCUCCCGCUGAGACCGACUUCGGGGGAGACUAUGGGGGGACCCAGUAUAGCCUCGUGGUGUUCAACACAGUGGACUGUGCUCCGGAGUCUUAUGUACAAUGUCACGCUCCCACCAGCAGUGCCUAUGAGUUUGUCACCUGGCUCGAUGGCAUCAAAUUCAUGGGUGGGGGCGGCGAGAGCUGCAGUCUCAUCGCAGAAGGCCUCAGCACAGCCCUGCAGCUGUUUGACGACUUCAAGAAGAUGCGAGAACAGAUUGGUCAGACACACCGAGUCUGUCUCCUUAUCUGCAACUCGCCACCAUACCUGCUGCCUGCUGUUGAGAGCACCACAUACUCAGGGUGCACAACUGAGAGCCUUGUGCAAAAGAUUGGGGAGCGGGGGAUCCACUUCUCCAUUGUGUCUCCACGGAAGCUGCCUGCCCUUCGCCUUCUUUUUGAGAAGGCAGCUCCCCCCACCUUGCUGGAGCCGCUACAGCCGCCAGCAGACGUGAGCCAGGACCCAAGGCACAUGGUGCUGGUGCGGGGGCUUGUGCUGCCUGUCAGCGGUGGCUCAGCUGCAGGCCCCCUCCAGCCCAAGCAGCCAGUUCCCCUGCCUCCUGCCCAAUCCUCGGGUGCUGCCCUUUCCGCAGCCCCCCAGCAGGCUCUGCCCCCUGUCCCACCACAGUACCAGGUUCCUGGGAACCUAAGUGCCGCUCAGGUGGCUGCCCAGAAUGCAGUGGAAGCUGCAAAGAACCAGAAGGCCGGGUUGGGCCCACGCUUCUCACCCAUCAAUCCUCUUCAGCAAGCUGCUUCAGGAGUGGGGCCCCCAUUUAGCCAGGCCCCAGCUCCCCCACUGCCCUCAGGUCCUCCUGGAGCCCCCAAGCCACCUCCUGCAUCCCAGGCUAGCUUGGUCUCCACUGUGGCCCCUGGCCCAGGCCUGGCUCCCCCUGCACAGCCUGGGGCUCCAUCCAUGGCUGGCACUGUGGCCCCAGGGGGGGUAAGUGGCCCUUCCCCCACCCAGCUUGGGGCUCCAGCGCUUGGUGGGCAGCAGUCAGUCUCCAACAAGCUCUUGGCCUGGAGUGGAGUCCUUGAGUGGCAGGAGAAACCCAAGCCAGCCUCGGUGGAUGCCAACACCAAGUUGACGCGGUCACUGCCCUGCCAGGUCUAUGUGAAUCAAGGAGAGAACCUGAAGACAGAGCAGUGGCCACAGAAACUGAUCAUGCAGCUCAUCCCCCAGCAGCUGCUGACCACCCUGGGUCCUCUGUUCCGGAACUCAAGGAUGGUCCAGUUCCAUUUCACCAACAAGGACCUGGAGUCCCUCAAAGGCCUCUAUCGCAUCAUGGGCAAUGGCUUUGCCGGUUGCGUGCACUUCCCCCACACGGCCCCCUGCGAGGUGCGCGUGCUCAUGCUCCUGUACUCGUCCAAGAAGAAGAUCUUCAUGGGCCUCAUCCCCUAUGACCAGAGCGGCUUCGUCAACGGCAUCCGGCAGGUCAUCACCAACCACAAGCAGGUCCAGCAGCAGAAGCUGGAGCAGCAGCGAGGGAUGGGGGCACAGCAGGCACCCCCAGGCCUGGGGCCCAUUCUGGAGGACCAAGCAAGACCCCCUCAGAAUCUGCUCCAGCUCCGUGCACCGCAGCCCCAGCCUCAGGGCACUGUGGGGGCCUCUGGGUCUGCAGGGCAGCCCCAGCCCCAAGGUACCACCCAGGCCCCUCCUGGUGCCCCCCAAGGCCCUCCUGGAGCAGCCCCUGGCCCACCCCCUCCUGGACCCAUCCUUCGGCCCCAGAACCCGGGGGCCAACCCCCAGCUGCGGAGCCUCCUCCUCAAUCCCCCACCGCCCCAGACUGGGGUGCCCCCACCCCAGGCCUCCCUGCACCACCUGCAACCACCAGGGGCUCCUGCAUUGCUGCCCCCACCACACCAGAGCCUGGGGCAGCCCCAGUUGGGCCCCCCGCUCCUGCACCCACCGCCCGCCCAGUCCUGGCCUACACAGCUCCCCCCACGGGCUCCACUGCCAGUGGCCAAACGAAAGAGAGAAGGAGAGGGCCGCGUGUUUCGAGAAAAAUGGGAGCGAGACUAUUUCUUUGUGGAAGUGAAGAGCAUGCCUACGUGUUUAAUAUGCAAAAAAAUCGUGUCUGUGUUGAAAGAGUACAACUUGAAACGCCAUUACGAGUCACAGCACAGUAAGAGCUACAACCAGUACACAGAGCAGACUCGAGACGCCAUCCUCAACGAACUGAAGAAGGGACUGAAAUGUCAGUAGCUUCGGAGAGCGAAGACUAGAAGUGGAAGGAACAAUAUAGAAAGAAUCAUCCGGGCAUUAAAACCCACAACAGAGUGUGAGUUGACAAAGGAGAACAUGUCCUGAAGACACACGACUGUCAAGACCAUUAUUCGAGUCUUCACAGGCAUUUGCACCGCACUAUGGACUCAAGAUAAAUCAGAGGCUUCACAAGUCGUCGUUCCUGAAAGAGUCGAGUCAUUUGUGGCCUUUUCUAUCGCUGCUCAUAAACUGUGACCACCCAGUUAGCUUUAUUUAUUUGUGGUGUUGAGAAUUUUGAUGUGACCGAAGAGUCUGUGAUGUGGUGUCAAGGCAGGCCCAGCGCUGGGAAAUGGCUUACUUUUUGUGUAUGGAGAGAAAUGAGAAGUUUCAUGUGUGCCAGUCAGAAUUCUUAAGCACAACUAAGACACUUGUCAUCUAAUAAUCUGUCAAAUUAGAUUAUUAGAUGGAGAUUUGUCCAGACACCUCCAUCCAAAGUGGCAGCUUCUGGUGAGGACACAGAGGUUAGAUCCCUCGCCUUGGUCACCAUAAAUUGAGUAGUUCUGAGAAACUCAGUGGAGUUUCGUCUUUGACACAAGCCACGAGCAAGGUCAGGUGGCUUGACCCGAUGUAUUUCCAGUUGUGGGAGAAAUCCCAGCAGUUGAACUCGGUUCACUUCAAGGCACGAAGGCCCCACCUCAGUUCCCUGAGAAGGUCAGUCAGAGACUUCUGGUCGAGAUCACGACCCUUCUGAACCCUGAACACAUCUCCACAGGGACAGUCACGAACAGCUCCUUGAAUGUAUGACCACAGCUGCCCAGACCUGGCAAAAAUGGAGAAGCCACUGGCAAGGAAUAACCUGAUGCUUUCCUUUGCUGUAUUUGGCAUCUGGAAAUGAAAGAGAUGGCCAGGACUGUCUUCGCCUAAGCUGCGGGGCCCAAGACCAAAUCCCCAGAGGCUCCUGUCCCACACUUUCUGAAUGAGUUCACACUGGCCAGUUAGCCCUUGGCAGUCAACGCCCAUUGGGUGAACAGAGUAGUCACUGAACGUCAUUGCACUAGAGACACUUAAUUCCUAAAUGCAGUUCUUUUGAAAGACCCGAGAUCCUGCCACUCUGUCUAUGUUUGGGGUACCCACACCUGUGAACGGCCAGCUGUGUUUCCUUAUGAACCUGAGUAAAGUGAAAUACUGCUCCCAGUUGAAGGACUGAAGGAUGAAUUCCCAGCCGUCCACCCGACACCAUCCCAGGCCUGACCCUGACAUCCUGGUGCGGAAGGGAAGACGUGAGCCUUCCCGCCCAACUCAAAAGAGCAAGAGAAUUAUGACAGAGAAGAAAUUUUAAUAAUUAAAAUAUUUCUAUUUUUCAAUUUGUAUUUUUUCAACUUUGAAUUUAAGAUAUAAGACUCCAGUAUGAUACAUG